GGGUUUUAACGAGCACACGGCACUUCGUAUUAACCCUCAGUGGCUUAUGAGAAGAAGUUUAGAGAGAGACUCAAACUCGAGGCAUAACGCAAAUUUAUUAAAACGUUUUUGGUCAAAAGUUUUUCAGAAUGGCAGCAGACUGGUUGGGCAGUCUUGUUUCAAUUAACUGUGGUCCGACAUUGGGAGUGUACCAAGGAGAAGUGUCCUCGGUUGAUCAAACAAGUCAAACCAUUUCCCUCAAACAACCCUUUCACAAUGGCGUCAAGUGUCCAGUACCUGAGGUCACUUUUAGUGCUAUGGACAUCAAAGAGCUCAAAAUUUUGGAAAUCGGUAUCGGCUCCAAUGGAGUCACAAAGCAGAACGUUCCUGAAUCCGUCUCCUCUGUAUCUAGUUACACUGGACGCAAGGACAAAGGUGGAGGUAGUGGAGUAAACAGUGCUCCUGUAAAUGUGCCCAAAGCUGAGCACAGGCUUCACGAUGGAGGCAUGUCUCCUUCACAGCACUACUCCAAAAGCUAUGUAGAGCGCCAUGUAGAAAUGGCAGGUCAGAGUAAAGGCUUCAGACGAAGACACAACUCGUGGUCAUCCAGCAGUAGAGGAGCAAAUCAGGUCACACCGAAGAAGAACGGUUCAAAGAAUGGCCAGAUGAAGAACAAAGAUGAUGAAUGUUUUGGUGACGGCAUGGACGACGUUCUAGACGAGGACUUUGACUUUGAGGGUAACUUGGCACUUUUCGACAAAGCUGCUGUCUUCUCGCAGAUUGAAUCAUCAGAUCGGCGAGGUAACAGUGCACGGACACGGGGGAAUCCUGCAGAGCAGACGCCCUCACGUUACCGACACGAUGAGAACAUUCUGGAAGCCAAGCCCGUCGUGUACAGACAGAUUAUAGUGCCUCAGUCGAGUGCAAAGGAAUAUAGCACUGAUUCAGGGUUGGUGGUUCCCAGCAUCUCAUAUGAGUUGCACAAGCGAUUGCUGAGUGUGGCUGAGAAUUACGGUCUCUCUCUGGAGCGCAGGCUGGAGAUGACUGGUGUGUGUGCCAGUCAGAUGGCUCUCACACUGCUCGGAGGACCAAACAGACUCACACCUAAAAAUUUGCACCAGCGUCCAACUGUGGCUUUGCUGUGUGGGCCGCAUGUACAGGGAGCUCAGGGAAUCAGCUGCGGCCGCCACCUGGCCAACCACGAAGUGGAGGUCGUCCUCUUCCUCCCCAACUUUGUCAAGAUGCUAGAAGCCAUCACCAGUGAACUUGCACUCUUUGGCAAGACGGGUGGCAAACAGGUUUCCAGUGUCAAAGAUUUACCAGAUACCCCAGUGGACCUGGUCAUUAACUGUCUCAACUCUCACGAGAACACUUUUCUGAGGGAGCAGCCAUGGUACAGGGCAGCGGCUGACUGGGCUAAUCAGAACCGAGCUCCUGUGCUCAGUAUAGAUCCUCCAGUAAGCGGGCAUGAGCAAGCUGUGGAGGCGAAGUGGUCUCUCUGCCUGGGCCUCCCGCUCCCCCUGCCAGAGAGAGCAGGGCGAGUCUACUUGUGUGACAUUGGCAUCCCACAGCAAGUGUUUCAGGAAGUGAGCAUCAAGUACCACUCGCCCUUUGGCUGCAAGUUCGUCAUCCCCCUGCACUCAACAUAAACACACUGUAACCCAGACUUUAACAGGGUCAGGCACAGGGUCAGUGAGCCAGAACCUGCCUUAAAUCCCAGGGUGAUCAGAUGAAGGUGUGAGCGACCUCUUUCUGUUGUCGUAUCUUAUCUGUUACAUUCUUUAACACUAUAUUCAAAUUCAGGAUACUGAUUUUGGGAUAUGAGCAGACUAGAGGAAUGAACCCAGCUUGUGGUUCUGCCCUCUUUCCAUCUGUCUGUCUGUUUACCGUGCAACCAGCCUCUGACGCUUUCUGCAUUUUCUUUUAAAUUUACCAGUCUUGAAUCUAUCAGUCUAAUCGAUUCUUUAUAGUCUUUACAGACUAUUGAUAUGGGUUGAGCUGCAGAGCUCAGACCUGUUUGCACAAAGACAUGAUAUUUUGUCUUAUUAAAUGCUGUAUAAAGAUGACCUCAACAAAGAACCAGAAUGAUCCUGCUUGGGACUCAUUCACAAUCUUAGUUUACCAGUGUAUUUUGCUCAGAUUCAUUUCAAGGUUCAAGAAAUAUUUGUAUUGAGAUGAAUUUAUUAAGUUUGGUUCUUCCUUGUCUGGGAAAAAAAAAAAUUUGUUUUCUGAGCUUGUGCCAAAUGUGAUCAAAGUCAGCACUGAUGUGCAGAAGCUAAAGUCCUUGGGCAAUUUAAAGAGGUAAUCAAAGCCUUGUUUAACUUUCUCUUGCCCAAGCAGGUAGGAUUCUUACUGAACAUAUUUCUGCCUUUUUUUUUUUCCCCUCCCCCCGUAACCUUACUGGUGAAUUUUAUUUGUUGGCCUGAAUGACAGACAAACACCAACAUUUCACUACUCAUAUUGAAACAGUUUAUUUUUCUUACAAGAAUUGUGGAUCAAUUUAGGCAAGUUUGUCUGAAGCAACAACUAUAUAUAACCUUCUUUGGAAACACUUAGAGUUGUCAUUGUACACUUUUAUAAGAGUUUCAUGAUAAACAGGUAACAAACAAGCUGUCAACUUCCACACGAUUUGUAUUUGGAAAGUUUAACACUUUCAGUUUUAGUUUAAACUGAGUUGUGUGUCUAGAGAAAAUCUACAAUUUUGUUGCUUGAGAAAAGGACAUGUUCAAUGUUAAACGUUUUAUCUGUUUCUGUCUUGUAGACCGAACGAUGUAUUUUAUUCGUCACACUUAUUACCUUUUGUAGAAUUUUUGUUCUGAAACUUUAUUACCUGCCCCCCUUUUUUUUUUUUUUUUCUUUUUUAUUACUUUUUUUUGUAGGCUUGUCUGUUUUCUUUGCACUGUCAGUGGAGAAAUCUACAAAUAUAUGGGAUGUAUGGCGAGAUAUUUCCACAGUUUAAGUGAACGUGACAUGAGUAGGAAAGCGUAGUGGACUUCAAGAUGACGCAUUUUAUACGUAACAGUGACGUAUGAUUAAGGAGGCUGAUGUGUAGAGUGUGUGUAUUCUUCCCUGUCUCCGUUUCCUGUGUCCUUAGCAUUAAAGUGGCUAUAUGGAAAUUCUUAGAUCUGCCACCUAUUGUCAGAUUUGGUGAAAAUGUUAUCUCCAUGUUUGCGGACAAUGUUAGAAUGUUGAGAAAAUGUAUAUGAAGUACAUAUUUAAUGGAUGACAAUGGUAGUGUAUUGAAUAUCAUUGCCUAUUCUCCAUCAUAGGUACACCUUUGGCUAAUAGCACCCCUUAGCUAAUUCAGAGAAAUACUGCAAGAUAUUGUCUUUAAAAUGAGGAAGGUGUUUUAAAUGACACUUCAUCUUUGCAAAAUAGCAGUUGUAACAACGUUGCACAUACAGUGCCGAGUGUGUCGUUGACUUGAAAUCUAGACAUUUGUAAUAGAUCUGCUGAACUUGCACAUCUUUCCUGAAGUGUAUUAGCUCAGUGUCAGAAAGCAGACACUUUAAACCAUAGCUAUAAAAAAUGUCUGGGUUUUCAGCUGUUAAUGAGUUCUCAAUAUUAUAGUUCUCUAAUUUGCCAGCAAUGCUGCCAACAGGGUUUGGAUUUUUGCCUUGUUGUCCUUGACUUAUUUGCAAUAUUGAAUCUAGAUUGAACCUUGAAUCUAUGCAGUGAUUAGGCAGUAGAAUCAAACUUUUGAGAGCUAAGGUAUAUCUUAAGGCAGGAGGUUGUUGCAUAGCCAACCAACUUUUAAUUGGUCUUUAAUGUAAGACACUCGAGUAUAGUUUUUAAAAAGUUUGUUUCUUGCUGAAGUGCUUUAUAAGCAAGAGCAGUGAGAACUGAAUCUUCCCAGUGUUCCUAAAGAGAAGCCCUGGACAUUUACUUGUAGUAUUUCCCCACCAUUAACGUUUGGAGUUUUUGAAACCUGAAAUUGAUGGCGAAGUUUCAGAGCUUAUUUAUAUUGCAGUGAUUUAUUUAUUUUGUUCAUUUUGUUUUUGUGGUUUGCUUCAAACCAUUGAUUUUUUUUUUUAAUUAUUAUUAUUUUUUUAAAGUAACAGUGCAUAUUAAUGUGCAGGGAAAUGCAUUUGUAUCAUUCCAGGAAUGUGAGGCUUGUUAACUGCAUUCUUUCUGAAAACAGACCAAAUGUUUUAUUUUUCCCCACCCUAAAAAAAGUUUUGUGGUCAUGUUCAGUUAUAAGCCAGAAAUAACUCCACCCCCCUCUUAUCUUCCCCCCCAUUUACUUCCCAUUUACUUUCAAUGAGUGUUCACUUGAAGGCCAUCAAAAGCAAUGUUUAGUUAUUAUGGGCCCUUGUUUUGUUUGUAGUCAUGUUCACUGUUCAGAUUUAGGGCUAUUAUAAAAAAGCAAAACAUCUUCCUAUUUGUGUGUUGUUUUUUUUUUUUUUUUUUUUUUUGCGCUGCAUUAUCCACUGUCUCUAAAAGUAGCUUGCAACAAAGUUUUUCACUCUCCUGGUUCAUUCUUUGGAACAUAAAGCAAUUGCAAUAUAUGAUUUAAUUUGUGACUACUGUGGCUUGGUUUGUGAAAGAACAACCUUAUUUCCAUGUCACCGAUGAUGUAUAACAUCAGCGUUUAGAAAGGUUUGGGUAUCAAUACAUAAUUGUUGAAUUGUCUCAGUUGGAAUGUUAAACUUGAGAUUAAAAUAAUAAAGAACGUGACUACAA